CAAAACUGGCCAAUGGCAUUAUUGGCCUUUUCGCCGCUCCAAUUCGCUUGAAAUAUGUCGUUAUUUUAAAUGCUUUUAUGCACAAAAAUUGAAUUUACCUUUAAAAAACUCGAUGCUUAUUUAUUGAAAGGUACAUCAGUCUGAUUUGAAAUUGGUGUGAUAACUUGUUGCAUCCCAGAGGAAACUGCCAGACAGCAAGCCUUUAUUCCAGACAUCUCAGUUACAGUGUGAGGUAUGGCAGAAGAGCCCUGGGGAUCCAAAUAGAGUGAAAAGUCAAUGGAUAAAGAGGGUGCAUAGAAGGUGGAAAAGAUGUCUUACAGUAACAGGGAACUGGUGGUGUUUUUUAUAAGCUAUAGACUGUCCCAGCGGAAUUAUUCAUGUUGUCAAUUGGGGCUGGAGGGUGCAAGUGGACGGACUGAGGGAGAUGAGGCCAUUGCAAAUGGGUCUGUGGGGAACAACCGGAACAGCAGAAGCAAUUUGGCGAAGCCCUCAUCUCCACAGGGGGUCAUGGAGCCAGUGAAAGCAGCACUACGGGACUCAGUGGAUGAGUUUGAGCUGCGCUACACCCGUGCCUUCAGUGACCUCUCCUCCCAGCUCCACAUCACCCCUGCCACAGCCUACCACAGCUUUGAGAGUGUAAUGGACGAAGUGUUCAGGGACGGGGUCAACUGGGGUCGCGUGGUGGGUCUGUUUGCUUUCGGCGGGGCCUUGUGUGUUGAGUGUGUUGAGAAGGAUAUGAGCCCACUGGUGACACGCAUCGCAGACUGGAUGACCACCUACCUGGACAACCAUAUCCAGCCCUGGAUCCAGAGCCAAGGAGGAUGGGACUGUUUUGCAGAGAUCUUUGGCAGAGAUGCUGCUGCAGACGUCCGAAGUUCCCAGGAGAGCAUAAUUAAAUGGCUGCUAUUUGGGGUGAUUCUGCUUUCAGGAGUGCUGGUCGGCACUCUCAUCAUGAAGAAACGCCAAUGAAGUGGUGUAAUACGAGCCGCAUCUAGUUUACCCCCAGCACAUAUAAAUGCAAAAUCAACAAAAAUACAACUUUAUAGUUUAUGUUUACAUAAGCCCAGUCUGCUUGUGCACUGACAGAAACCUGAUGAUUAGCCCUGGCUAUAACAGUUUUUGGGCAAUGAAUAUGUAGCUUGGUGAGCUGUCUCACUACUCACCUCUACUGUCCUGUGCUCUGUAACAUUUGUUUUUACAUUUGAAAAGUAAUACGUAAAAUAACAUUUUAUGACAUUAUUUUCUUACUUUUAUAAUUAUUGGUUUUAUUUUUUUAACUUGGAUAGAGGGUGUUGCGUUCGAGACUGGAGGUGCUUUAAAUGGACCUGAAGCUAAGCGUGAAUGGGAAAACUACAGCUGGUGUAGGAGGACAUAGGAGAUUGUUUAUGUAUUUUUAGGUUUGUGUGUUACCCUUUAUACCCUAGUACCAACUACAUACAUUCUUUCCAAAUUGACAUUUGACCAAUUACAUUGAAGAUUUUAGAAUAUUGUUUUUUAUUUUGUGUGAACGGCCCAAUGCUGCUGUUUUUGUCUUCAUAUCAAAUAAUUUUGGGGUAACAAUUAAGUACCUUACUGUGAUUGCUUUCAAUCGAAAUGGUAAUAAUAAAAAAAGUAAACUCCCUUAGCAAGAGAAUUUCAGCUAGGACUCUGGUUGUGGUCUUAGUAGGGAGGGGGAAACCGCUCUCGCUAAAAGGGCAUUAUCAUAAUUUUCACAGUAUUCUACCAACCUCUUAGUGGAAAUAUAUAUAUAUAAAACACAGCUAUAUCAUGUUUUUUACUGCAUUGGGCCUUUAACUGAAACCUCAGUUUCAAUGUGACAAUUGCUCUAAAAUGUUAUGUUCUUUCCUUGCUGUACUGGAGUUUCAGGCAUGCACUAAAUAAUAAAACAUUUAUGUUUUAA